AUGUCAGAUGAACCUCUAACCUUCAAUCAGACGGUUCAUGCCAUAGCAGAGUUUAUUGAAGUUGCCAUCCACACCAUCCUCUAUGUUCGACAGGUAUACCCAGCAGAGAUAUUUGUGCGGCGCAAGAAAUACGAGACGCCUGUCUUUCAAUCGCGCCACCCAGCCCUUAACGACUACAUUACUGGUGCAGUGAAAGCCAUAGCAGAUGAACUCGUCCACGGGAAAAUAGACAAGGUCGUUGUUGUUCUCAAAGAUAAAGAGCAAAUUGCUUUGGAGAGGUAUAUCUUCUCUAUCGAGACCAUGAUUCAAAUCGAGGGAUUCAAUAAGGAUGUUGGAGUAGAAGAUGCCAUGACACCCUCAUCUCUUAUGCAGUAUUUCAGAUCUUUCCUCAUCAAGCUCAACAUGAUAGAAGCGCAAAUAGGACAAAUGCACAUGGGAGAUGAUCUUUCAUUUGCUAUUAUCCUCGAAUUGAAAGACGAUGCUGCGCCCACGCACUCAAAUACAAAGGACCCUCCACCAUGGAUUCCUGCUGUAACUCAACACACAACCUCGGGUACUACGAAGCAGGCCGAAUUGAACAUGAUUCGCGCAGUCAACACAGGCAUCAUCAAUCUUUCUUUGGCUGUGCAAGAAUCAGGUGAGAAGAUUGCGCGCGAGCAACAAAGGAGGCGACCCCGAAAAAAAACACCAGUUAAUGAUAAUAAUGUUGAACCAAAAGUACAAUAG